CAGCAGACUGCGAUAGAGAUAAGGCCUCAUGUGGGUGUGUGAGGAGGAAGCACCAGAGGGAGGGGACCCCACUCCCAUCCUUGCCAUUUUCUCUUUCUCUCUCUCUCUCUCUCUCUCUCACACAUUCUCUCUUCCAUGCGCAGAGGCAGGCCACAGCACCUUUGUACAAGUGGCUCCACUCUCAGGCCUCCCUACAACACUCAGCCCAUCUAAAUCCCAGCUCUUUGGCCUCCAGAUGGGACUGGACCUAUUCAUUCAGAGGUGGGAAGACAGUUCCCUGUUGGUGAAGUUCCCAAGACCUGACGCUUGAGACAACAGCCUUGCAAGGCCUGCAAGACGAGGUUGAGAUGGAUGGCAGAAAGUCUGCUCUGAAAAGCCCCCAGAAGCUUUCUCUGCUCUCUUCCCCGGUGCGGGCUGUCAUUCGCCUCCGGAGGACAGCCCAAAUCCUUAAAAAAGGCCUCUUGCCUGGAGAUCCUCAAGCGAAGCUCCUCCAGCGUCAGAUCUCCCUAGGCAAAGCAAAAGUGGGCAGCGCUUCCACCUCUCUUUUGAGCCAAGCAAGCUUUGAGAGUUCACAGUAUUUUACUUUCGACACCUCCGUGCAGCCGCCGUCGACAAAAGGCAGCAAAAAGAAGAAGAGGUCAAAGAACCCCAGAGUACUGUAUCCAGAAAACUCCAGAAAGUACCUCCCGACGGAGCACAAGAGCAAAGCCAAGAGAUGCCUCCUUCUGUUGGUUGGCAUCGUCUGCUUCCAGAUCCUCAAUGCCAUUGAGAACUUGGAUGAUAAUGUUCUGAAAUAUGACUUGGAUGGGCUGGAGAAGACCAUGCACCGGGAAGUCUUUGGGCAGACCUUAGCCGUGGAGAGCAUUAUAGGGCUGCUGAAAGACUACCUGGCGACUCACAUACACAACAAGCCUUUGGUGAUCUCCUUCAACGGCCCAAGUGGGGUUGGGAAGAGCCACGUGGGUUGGUUGCUUGCCAAGCACUUCCGGUCCCUCAUGGGCCACAGUAGUGUGCUCCACUAUUUUGCUCUGCACCACUGCCCAGAUGAUGCUUCCGCAGCAUCCUGCCAGCUAGAACUAUCCAAGACGAUCAGCGACAUAGUAACCCAAGCGGAAAUAGAAGAAAAGAUCCCCUUGUUUAUUCUGGAUGAGGUGGAGUUCAUGUCUCCAGCCUUGCUGGAGACCCUCAGUGGAUUCUUCCAGACAAACCAAACCAACGAAUUUCUCAAUGCUGUCUAUAUUCUCAUCAGCAACCUGGGGGGAGAGGAGAUCACAAAAGUUAUCCUCCAGAAUGUCUCCAGCAACCUGCUGAAGCCCCAGAGACAGUUGGACCAGCUGCGGACAGUUCUCCGUCCAGUUCUCAGCCAAAGGCACCCUCUUUGGACCUUGGUGGAGAUUGUUCCAUUCACGUUAUUGGAGAAGAGCCACAUCCUGAGCUGUUUCUAUGAGGAGAUGAUGAGCGAAGGCAUUUAUCCCGAUCCGAACCGCAUCGAGCGCUUAGCCAGUCAGCUCAACUAUUACACUAAAGAGGAGCAGCAGUUUGCUGUCACUGGUUGCAAACAGGUUGUAGCCAAAGUUAAUCUGCUUUAAGGAAA